CUGUAUUAAAACAAUAAUUGCCUUUUUAAGUAAAAAAAACAACACUGAAAAAAAGCCAAAAAGUUAUAGAAAUGUUAACGAAAACAUGCCUCCUAACCUCAUGUUGUUGUUGUUUAUGGCAGUAAUAUAUUACCCUGAGCCAAAAUAAAAAUCAUGACUUCCUUUUUCCUCACGGCCCCCCCUCAUAAAUAACAGACGGUCCCUAACGUCCCCAGAAUAAACACGAACACUCAGUGAAAUAAAGGGCGGAGGAGGGCGGAGGAGGGCGGAGGACUCUCCGCAGAGAGACCAGUCUGCUUCUUUCUCUCAUCGAUGUUCAGAUUUUGGGAUGUUCGGGUUUUUUUGGGAGGCUGAACUUUUCCCCGGAAGUGGCCAGCUGCUGCUGCAGGAGGAGAAGAAGAAGAAGUUGGCGGAGUGAGCUCAGCACUUCAGAAACGGAUCCGUGCUUCGGCGGCUGCACCGGCGGGAUGGACACCGACGCGGCCUCUCCGGAUGCAGCUGAAGAUGUUCGGAUCAAAUCGGAGCCGGAGGGCGACGUGGAGAUCCAGGCGUACCCGGUCCUCAUGAAGCUCUGUGUCACUCUGACCGACUGCCGGCUGUGGCUGCAGGGCCGCGACUUCCUGUCUCUGGGUGACCACCCUCAUCUCUGUCCCCGCCGGCCAAGGCCGCAGCGCCCAACCAUCAGCGGCAGGAAGAUGGUGCACUGCCCCGACUGCAGUCGAGGCUUCUACAAGGCAGCGCACCUGGAGGCGCACCGCAGGACACACCGCGGACACAAACCCAACGAGUGCUGGCGCUGCGGGAAGACCUACCCGACGCUGAUGAGCCUCGUCGUCCACCAGCAGGUCCACGACCGCCACCAGCCCUACCGCUGCUCCUACUGCGACAAAACCUUCGCCCUGAAGCGCGACUGGAAGACGCACCACCGCACGCACUCCGGGACCAAACCCUUCAAGUGCUGGUUCUGCGGGGACGGCUUCGCACAGCAGCGCGAGCUGGACGACCACCUGGAGGCCCACAAGGGGGAGAAGUGCUACCGCUGCAAAGUCUGUGACAAGAUGUUCGUGUCCUACCAGGGCUUCAACUUCCACCGCAAGUCGCACCGCGACCCAAAGCCGCUGCCCUGCCUUAAGUGCAGCAAGACCUUCAGCAACCCGCAGAGCCUGAAGCUGCACCAGGUGACGCACUCCAACCGCAAGCCGCACAAGUGCCCCACCUGCGCCAAAGGCUUCAAGCUGCUGAGCGGCCUGCGCUGCCACCAGCGCACCCACGAGCACCUCAAGGACUACCGCUGCUCCGAGUGCGGCAAGUGCUUCUCCAGCCUGCAGGGCCUCAAGCUGCACAACCGCACACACACCGGCCUCAAGCCCUACAAGUGCCCCGAGUGCGGCAAGAGCUUCACCCAGUCGCCGCACCUCAAGUCCCACAUGGUGACGCACACGGGCGAGCGGCCCUUCCUCUGCACCACCUGCGGCAAGAGGUUCACCCAGUCAUCCCACCUGCGCUCGCACAUCACGCUGUUCCACGUGGGCGAGAAGCCAUUCAGCUGCGCCGACUGCGGCAAGAGUUUCACCAUCGCACACUACCUGAAGAUGCACCGGCUGAGCCACACCAAGGAGAAGCUGUACCAGUGCUCCUACUGCCACAAGGCCUUCAGCUACCACAACUCCUGGAGGGCGCACGAGCGCAUCCACACCGGCGAGCGCCCCUUCAGCUGCCGCGACUGUGGACAGAGCUUCAUCACGUCCGGCUCGCUGCUCAGCCACCGCCGCUCCAAACACACGGGUGAGAAGAGCCACUACUGCAUCACCUGUGGCGAGUUCUUCUUCACCAGCUCGCUGCUGCGUGUCCACCAGCUGGACCACACCGGCGAGCGCCCGCACGCCUGCAGCUGCGGCAAGACCUUCAAGACCAAAGGCGUGCUGCGCUACCACCUCAAGAGGUUCCUGCACCACCGGCCGGCCCUGUGAGCGCCGCCGCCACCGGCACGCCGUCCAAUAGGAAGUCGAUGCAGCGGGUCAACACGAAGAUACUUUGACCACAGUGUGAGCUGACUGUAAACAUGGCGGCCGGUCAGGACGUUUCCCAGCUGCUCGGUUCAUUUAGGUUUAAUUUUUUACAAAUUUUUAUCCUGUUUGUGUUUUUAAACUCAGAGCUGCUUCUGACAAACGUUCAGAACUUUUGUUUCUUUUAUCUCCAAAAAUGAAAUCAUGAAUGAUUCAGAGCGUCCGCUCGCUUCCGAGACCCGUUCAAAGAGACGAUGAGACACUAACAAACACUCCAGAGACAAACUCGGACCGAACCACUCAGAGGCACACUGUGAAGGACCAGUCCAACGUCUCCGUCAACGUCUGUGUGUCUCUGUCAGGACGACGCUCAGCUUUAACCGUCAGAGAGGAUGUCUGUCCACUGUCUCGUCUGUCUUCUGUCUUGUCUGUCCGCUGUCUCGUCUGUCUUCUGUCUUGUCUGUCCGCUGUCUCGUCUGUCUUCUGUCUUGUCUGUCCGCUGUCUCAUCUCCUCAAAGCUCUUAGUGAAAGUUUGAGGUCACAGUUCAGAGGGCGUGAAUGCUGACGG